GAUUACACACUAACAAUGUAUUUUCAACAAUACUGGCGAGAUAAAAGACUAGCCUAUGCUGGGAUUCCUCUCAAUCUUACACUCGAUAACAGAGUAGCAGAUCAACUAUGGGUGCCUGAUACUUACUUUCUGAAUGACAAGAAAUCGUUUGUGCACGGUGUUACUGUUAAGAAUCGAAUGAUUCGCCUUCAUCCAGAUGGCACAGUAUUAUAUAGCCUCAGAAUCACAACUACUGCAGCUUGCAUGAUGGACUUGAGGAGAUACCCAUUAGAUGAACAAAAUUGUACGUUGGAAAUAGAAAGCUAUGGAUACACAACUGACGACAUAGAAUUUUAUUGGAGAGGUGGAGAUAAUGCAGUUUCUGGAGUAGAAAGAAUUGAGCUUCCGCAAUUUUCUAUUGUGGAAUAUAAACUUGUGUCCAAAAAUGUUGUCUUUGCCACAGGUGCCUAUCCAAGACUAUCAUUGAGUUUUAAGUUGAAGAGGAAUAUUGGAUACUUUAUUCUUCAGACCUACAUGCCCUCAGUAUUGAUUACCAUUUUAUCAUGGGUAUCCUUCUGGAUAAAUUAUGAUGCAUCAGCAGCAAGAGUGGCUCUUGGUAUUACAACUGUGCUUACUAUGACAACUAUCAACACUCAUCUCAGAGAGACUUUGCCUAAGAUUCCAUAUGUCAAAGCCAUUGAUAUGUAUCUUAUGGGCUGCUUUGUAUUUGUCUUCUUGGCCUUACUUGAAUAUGCCUUUGUCAACUAUAUCUUCUUUGGAAAGGGCCCUCAAAGGCAGAAGAAACUUGCUGAAAAGACAGCCAAGGCAAACAAUGAUCGUUCUAAGUUUGAAAGCAACCGGGUGGACAUGCAUGGGAACAUAUUGUUAACAUCCCUUGAAAUUCACAAUGAAGUUGCAAGCAAUGAAGUCACAACAAGUGUCACUGAUCCACAUAAUUCAGCAGUAUCCUUUGAUAACUCAGGAAUCCAGUACAGAAAGCAGAGUUCCCACCGAGAAACUCUUGGGAGACGUACAUUAGACAGAACUGGCGCUCAUACUAAGAAGAGUCAUUUGCGGAGAAGAUCUUCUCAACUAAAAAUAAAAAUUCCUGAUCUAACAGAUGUGAAUGCAAUUGACAGAUGGUCAAGGAUGGUGUUUCCUUUCACAUUUUCUCUUUUCAACUUAAUCUACUGGCUAUACUAUAUCAACUAAAUGGACUUUUACUUCAAUUAUUUUUUACAAAAAGACUGUAACAAGCAAAUACUAUUUUGCCUGUUAUUUUGUAUAUGUACAGAAGACCUUUUACACUAUAUAAAAUAUAUACAUACUUAUACAUAUACAUAUAUAUAUAUAUAUAAAUCCUAUGUGUACAUAUAUUGUGAAAAAAUAUGUAUUAUACUCAUUGUGCAUAAACAUUUAUACACACAUGUAAUGGUGUACACAAAAUGCCUUUUAAAAUAAAUUUUUCAAAUGAGAAAGGCAGCUUUUUGAAGCAGUAUGCUUUGAGAAAUAUAGUUCUGUAAGAUUACAAAAUCUUUAUUUAAAUCAUCAAAUUUCUGUCCUAUUGUUUGCAAAACCAGUUAUAUACCUUAUUUUAAUCAUUGCCAUUUACACUGCCCAUUAAGUAAGACAGGUUUUAAUUUUGUUGGUUUAAUACUGACCAGUUGAAUUGUUUCAGACGCUUUUACUGUGUUAAUAUAUUUUGUUCACAAUGGAAUAUUUUAAUUUUGCAUUUUCUUGAUCACUUUUACUUCCUUUUAUGUCCUCAGAACAUUCUUACAUAUUGCUAUAUGUUAAUUGAAAUUGAACAACUGCUUACAUUUUCAGGGUUUUUUAAAAUAUGGGAUUACUAAAUAAUCUAUUCAAAAUUAGGAUAUAAUAUCUGUGGAGAUUCUUUCUGAUUAAACUGCAGAAGUGGUGGGUUCCUACCGGUUCGGACCGGUUCAG